GGUAAGAACAAAAGACACGCAAAAAUAAAACCCAAAAAAGAAAGAAAGAAAAUCAAAACAGAGAAAAGUAAGAAAAGGAAUAGAGACUAGAGAGGUGCGGUUUUGGUUUCCAUUCCGCCAUUGAUGGGUUAGAUGAGCUCUCGGUCAAUCCAAUCUCUCGAGCUCUCCCAAUUCCUUGUCUUUAUCUUCUUCUACUUCUCUCUCCCCAUCUCUAUCCUCGCUGAUGUCGAAAUCCCACAAGUUCAUACACUACCUGUUGAAGCCCUUUGGUUACUGCCAAUCUAGAGAGACGAAGCGAGAGGAGGAGGAUUUGGAAGCGAUUGCGGCGAAAGAGAAGAAGGUUUUCCCGUACGAAACCCUAGUGGCGGCGACGAAGAAUUUUAAUUUGAAGCACAAGUUGGGGGAAGGAGGAUUCGGGCCUGUUUAUAAGGGGAGGUUGGAUGAUGGGAGGGAAGUGGCGGUGAAGAGGCUGGGGAGAGGAUCACGGCAGGGUGCGAAGGAGUUCAGCAAUGAAGCCCAGCUUCUCUCGCGCGUUCAGCACAAGAACGUCGUCAAUCUCUACGGUUACUGCGCCCAUGGCGAUGACAAGCUCCUCGUCUAUGAGUAUGUCGCCAAUGAGAGCCUCGACAAGCUCCUUUUCUCCCAAGAGGGCAACAAGAGGAGGGAACUGGAUUGGAAGCGAAGGUAUGAUGUUAUAGUAGGUGUGGCAAGAGGGCUGCAGUACUUACAUGAGGACGCACAUACACCCAUUAUCCAUCGGGACAUCAAGGCCAGCAAUGUCCUCCUUGAUGACCGGUGGACGCCGAAGAUAGCUGACUUUGGUAUGGCUCGACUAUUCAGUGAGGAUCAAACCCAUGUCAAUACCCGUGUUGCUGGGACUAAUGGCUACAUGGCGCCAGAGUAUGUCAUGUUUGGCUCUCUCUCCAUGAAGGCUGAUGUCUUCAGCUUUGGUGUCCUUGUACUCGAGCUCAUUAGUGGCCAGAAGAACUCUAACUUCACACCACAAUCUGAUGCUCAGAGCCUUCUUGAAUGGGCAUGGAAGCUUCAUAAAAGGGACAAAAGUCUGGAGUUGUUGGAUUCAACUUUGAGAAACAGUGCCAUUGCAGACCAAGUCACAAUGUGCGUUCAUAUAGGACUUCUUUGCACUCAAGCUGACCCUAAACUAAGGCCAGACAUGAAGAGAGUGGUUGUCAUCCUAUCCAAAAAGUCGAGCACACUAGAAGAACCCAUCAAGCCAGGUGUUCCUGGAUCCAGGUUUAGAAGAAGGGCACUGGGAACUGGCUAUACCACUGGUGAAUCCUCCUCUUCUGGCACCUCAGCCUCUGCCAGUACCUCCCAUUACAACAAUACAGCUACCAUGUCGUCGUCACCUUCUACCUCUACGUUUGCUUCCAGCUCCAUUGCCAACACUUCAACCAACACAAGAAACUCAAGACCAUCAACCAGUGCAAGCUCUGGUGCCAACACUAAAACCAACACAAGAAACUCACAACCAUCAUCCAGUGUAAGCUCUAAUGUAAAUCUAGAAUAAUUUUGUUGUCUUUCUAUCAUUUUGAUUGCCAAUUCUUUCAUUGUAUUAUAUGUGUUACAUGAGUAGAUAAUUAGAAGUAGGCAGACCAUGCCCUUGAUCCCAUGUACAAAAUUUAGGGAGAUUGAAUUGCCAAAUAGUUGAGUAUCUUGAGAGCCAAUGUUCACUUAUUGUAUUCUUGAGUUUCAA